AUGAGUCACCCAGAAAUAUUCCAAAAGGAGCUGGAAACAGCGUUUGGGGCCCUCCUCCAGGCCUCCAAAUUAAGCCAGCUCAUCAUCUCCUCUCAGGAUAAAGGCACCAUCACAAAGGACGACUUUAGCCCCGUCACCAUUGCGGACUUUGCCAUCCAGGCUCUCCUGAUUUCCACCUUUAAAGAUGCAUUUCCCGAAGACACCUUUGUAGGAGAAGAGGAUGCUGCCGAUUUGCGAGCCAACGAGGCAUUAAUGAACCGUGUCUGGGACCUUCUCAACACCAUUGCCCAGGAUGAAGACACUCAGAGGGGCGCCUGCAGGCUACCCCAGACUAAGGACCAGAUGUGUGAUCUGAUCGACCAGGCGGGCAUGAGCCAUCCAGGGGGGGCGGGAUCUGGCAGGGUUUGGGUGUUUGAUCCCAUUGACGGCACCAAGACAUAUCUGAGGGGCGAGCUGUACGCCAUCAACAUCGGUCUGAUUAUCGACGGCAAGCAGACUCUGGGGGUUAUCGGAUGUCCCAAUCUGUCAUUACAUCACAAGGGACCCCUUCGCAAUAGCGAUAUUGAUCCUGAGGGCAAAGGCUGCAUUGUAUAUGCCAUCAAGGGCCAUGGCGCCUUUGCGAGGUCUUUGCAAAGUGGAUCUCAAGAUGUCAAGCAGCUACCUAAGCAGCCCGCAACACAGGACCUCAGCUUCGUCACAUGCACCGGUCUCGUCGAUUCAGCCUUGGACGGUGUUCACGAAGUGGUUGCGGAGCGUCUGGGAGUCGCUUUUCCAGGAAGCGAUCUUGUGCCCUGGGUCCUUCGCUGGGCUGCCAUGGCUCUUGGUAUCGGCAACACGACUGUCUGGGUGUAUAAGCGCCGAGACAGAUUUGCGAAAUCCUGGGACCAUUCAGGUGCAAUGCUUCUCUUUGAAGAGACGGGUGGCAAGAUUACAGACGUGCAUGGCAAAGAUAUUGACUUGUCGGCUGGAAGAAAGCUGAGUGCCAACUUUGGAUUUGUGGCUGCGCCGGUAGCAGCCCAUGAUAGAGUACUACAGGCGGUCCACGAUGUAUUAAAAGAGCAAGGAAGAGAUGCGUUUUUGUAA